GGAGGGCUGCAGGCACUUACCCUUGCUCCCUUCCAACGCGACUCUAAGCCGUCCGAUUCCAUCCACGUCAUCGAUCCGCGUACUCUCACUAGUCUGGACGGCUCGGAUCGCGUCCGAGUAGAAUCCGACGCAACUCUCUCUCUCUCCCCCCUCUCUCUCCCCCAUCCUCAGUUUCUCUCUCCCUUGCCUUCUACCAACUCUUUUUCCCCAAAAUUCUUGAAAAAAUUCCCGAAAUUUUAGUUUAGUUUUAUUUUUUUUUUCUUUAUAGAGAUGAAGGGGGGAUCGGCGGUGGAGGACGAAAGGGAGAUGGAGAUGGCAGCCAAGACCAAGAAGGAAGAGAAGAAAGAAGAGGUCAAGGCCAUGAAUGGUGCUGUUGAUAAUCAUGGCCGUCAUGGUGAUGGUGAUGAUGCGGAGGAACCGGAGGAGAUUGUGGAGCUGAAAGAUGUUGAUGAGUAUGAGGAUGGUGAUGAUGAUGGAGAGGGCGAAGAGGAUGAUGAUGACGAUGAGGAUGAAGACGAUGAUGAUGAGGGGGAGGAUGAUUCUGACGAUGAUGUGGAGGAGAUCUUCCCGCCUGGGACUGGACCCCAGGCUCAGUCGGUGGAUGAUGAUGAGGAGGAGGAGGAGGAGGAGGAAGACGAGAGUGAUGAUGAGGAUGACGGAGAUGACGACGACGACGAUGAUAGCGACAAGGAAGAGGAGGAGGAAUUGGGGACAGAAUACCUUGUCCAGCCAGUAGGUCGUGCAGAAGAUGAAGAAGAUGCAAGUGACUUCGAACCAGGCCAGGAGAAUGAUGAUGAUGACAUUGAUGAAGAUGAUGAGGAUGAGGCAGGUGGUGAUGCUGGAAAGGAACAGACCUCCUCAAAGAGGAAGAGAUCAGCUGCCGAUGACAGCGAUGAUGAUGAUGAUGAUGAUGAUGGUGAUGGUGAUGAGGAUGACGAGAGGCCAUCCAAACGAUAGUAUAUUUGUUACUAAUUUGGCUGUUUCCGUUGACUUACAUGUUAAGGUUCUCCCAAAACUCAUCUCCCAAUUCUUUCUGGUAGAAAAUAUUUAGGAUUGAUAUGUAUCAGUUGGGGAUAAUAUUUGAUAUAAAAGCUUUUCUCUCACUGUGGGGACAUGUAGAGCAUCCAUGUGACCGGGAAGGCUCGUCUCUCCUUCAGAAAGUGCCCAUGCGAACUUUUUUUUUUUUUUUGCACUUUAGCCCCUUCUUGUCAGUUGGAAUCUCCAUGUACUUUGAUCAUUAGGCUUUUGCUAAAAUGUUAAUUUGCUGAUGUCUUUGUUUA